UGGACUGUAUGGCAAAGAAUUCAGGUGACAGUUUUACUCAGGAGAUCCAUACCAGGCAGCUUCUGCAAAUCAGUCACUGAAAGUCCAAGGAACUGAAAAAAAGGUCUGUCUGAAAUCACUCAUAAUGAAUACUUCAGUUACAUCAAUCCUCCUUCCAACUCCAACCAGCCAGACUCAUGGGACUAAUCAGAGCGGGGCUGUGGGAAAGGCAGAGCCAUCCUACGCUGUCCUCAAGUUCAUGGAGAGCUUCUGCCUCAUCAGCGCUGCCUGUGGGAUGGUAGGAAACGGCAUGGUCCUCUGGUACCUCGGCUUCCGAAUCCGGAGAAACCACUUCACUGUCUACAUCAUGAACCUGGCUGCUGCUGACUUCGGGUAUCUCCUCUGCAUCGCCAUUGAGACGGUUCAGUACCUCAUGCAGUUCAACGUGGGGGUGAAUUUUACCAUAUUCCUCUUCCUGGAUCUUUUCAUGUAUGGGACCGGCUUGUAUCUCCUGACCACCAUCAGCAUUGAGAGGUGUCUGUCUGUCCUUUGCCCAAUCUGGUGCCGAAGCCACCGCCCAAAGCACUUGUCUGCCAUCAUCUCUGGCCUGCUCUGGGGUCUCUCCCUGCUCCUGAACACGCUCGGGUAUGUUUUGUGCACCAUUCACACCCCUGGCAGGAGCUGCAAUCUCCUCCUCAUCACCAUCGGAGCCUUGGACUUCCUCUUCUGCACGCCCCUCCUGUUGCUCUUCAGCCUGACCCUCUUCCUCAGAGUCAAGUGCAGCUCCCAACACUUCCGAACAGGCCGGCUCUUCACCGUCAUCAUGCUCACUGUCCUCUUCUUCCUCAUUUUCGCUGUGCCUCUGAGCGUCCUGAUCCUCUUUGACUUCUUGGGCUACAAAUUUCUCUACUCGCCGGAGAUCGGCUUUGUGCUGUCCUGUGUGAACAGCACUCUCAACCCCGUCAUUUACUUCCUUGUGGGGAGCUACAGGGACCGGAGAAUCAAGUUCACCCUCAGGCAGGCAUUCCAGAGGGCCUUUGAAGAUUCAGCAGAUGACAAAUAUGAACCAGAAACCCGUGACACAAUAACUAUGUCCUCCUAAUACCCUGCUGUGCCUAACAGUAACACUGGUCUGGAGCUGAGAGCCGAUAAUUUACAGAAUUGAAGAACUCUGAGGUAUUGGGGAAGGUUUGUCGCACCUAACCUUCAGUAUCUUCAUUUUAGAUCUCUACCCUUUAGCUAGUUAUUUUAAGCUCCAUCUGUGGUCUUUGAAAACACAUAAGCACCUGGACUACAGAAUUUAUCUGACCUGUAUUAGGACCACAUUCAAAGUGUCUAUUUCUUUCCAGUGGCCAUUAAAUGAUUUCAAUCUGAUAAAGUG